UAGGCUACUGGAGGCUCCAGAGGUCGCCUCGCUGGUCGCGCGGCCGACCAUGGAGACCCUGCGCAGGCUGCUGCUCGCAGGCGCACUGCUGGGCGCCGGGGCUGGCGUGGGCACCGCGCUCUUUGCCCUUGUGACCCCGGGAGAGGAGCGGAAGCAGGCGAUGCUGAAGGAGAUGCCGGAGCAGGAUCCGCAGCGCAGGGACGAGGCGGCCAGGACCAAAGAGUUGCUGCUGGCCACUCUGCAGGAAGCAGCGGCCACGCAAGAGAACGUCGCCUGGAGAAAGAACUGGAUGAGUGGCGGGGGCGGGAGGUCAGCCUGAGACAGAACCCGCUCGCCUGGGCGCCGGGACUUAACAGCGCAGGCGCCCAAGCCGCCCCGACUCCUCCUUGGGCCGGCGGGGAGUCCAGACCCGGAUGCCAAGCGCAGGCCUCUUCGCGACUUGGGGAGCUGCCGCCGGGUGAGCGCGCUCUCCCCCAAAGCUUGCAAGGACUACGUUUUAACGUCCACAUCGCGGGCUGUGGCUAACAAGGAUCCAGUAAAUCAUGUUCCUCCAUCCAGAGAGUGAGCCCUGCGGUUGGACGCCCAUAAAAGCCAAGUGUUCUCCGGGUCUGUGCUGCGGCCUAGCUGGAGUGCGGCUGCCGCCUGCCAUGCCCGCCCCAUGUGAGGCUGAACCCCAGUCGGCAGAGCGACGACAUUUUCAAAACACAAGUCAGGUCCUGUGGUUUGUGUGAGUGGAUAACCAAAUGAUGUUCUUGAAAUUAUAAGUAGCCUGGAAACUCAUGUGCAAUAAACACCCAUAGAGGACA